UACGCGAACACGAGGUUAGUCCUGUUCAUCCUGGUUGAGAGGUGUCUCCGCGUGGACGAAGAUUUUUUUCUUCCUGAAUAAACAUGAAAUCAUCACAGCUGGAGGAUGUCACCACAUAAUUGAACGUCAAAAUCUCUUAGAGAGAUGGAGGGGCCCGUGGAGGAGAGAUUGUGUGGGAAAAUGAAGAUUGGCUGUGGUUUGCACAGAUACAACCUGAAAGAUGUUUUCACGUGGAGUCUGCUGAAGACUAUACUCAUGGGUCAGGUCCUGUCACUGCUGAUAUGUGGGACAGCAGUCAGCUGUGAGUACCUGACUCAUGCCAAAGUGGAGACACCCAUGCUGCAGAGCUUCCUCAACUACGCCCUCCUGCUGUUCACCUACACAACACACCUCAGCACCCGCACAGGUGACAGGAACAUCCUACAGAUUUUAAAAACCAACUGGUGGAAGUAUUUGGGGAUGGCUAUAGCAGACGUUGAGGCGAACUACGCAGUAGUGAAGGCGUACCAGUUUACCACGCUGACAAGUAUACAGCUGCUGGACUGCUUUGUGAUCCCGGUGCUGAUGUUACUUUCUUGGUUUUUCCUGAAGACUCGAUAUCGGGUGAUCCACUUUGUAGCUGUAGCAGUGUGUUUGUUGGGGGUGGGGGCCAUGGUAGGAGCUGACAUUCUGGCUGGAAGAGACCAGGGAUCCACCAGUGAUGUACUGUUGGGCGAUGGGUUGGUCCUGCUCAGCGCCGUCCUCUACGCCAUAUCCAACAUGUGCCAGGAGCACACAGUGAAGAACUUGAGCAGAGUUGAAUUCCUGGGCAUGAUGGGCCUGUUUGGGACUCUCAUCAGCGGUGUACAACUAGUUGUGCUGGAAACGCGUGCAGUAGGAGAAAUCAAGUGGGACGUUCACAUCUCCAUGCUGUUUGUAGUCUACACCUUGUGCAUGUACGCUUUAUACAGCUUCAUGCCUGUAGUGGUGAAGAUGACGAGCGCCACAGCAGUGAACCUCUCUCUGCUCACUGCUGACCUCUUCAGCCUCUUCUGUGGCCUCUUUCUCUUCAUGUACAAGUUUUCAGCCCUGUACAUCGUCUCAUUUGUCAUCAUCACCGUGGGUUUUAUCAUGUUCAACGCUGUCCCAACAUACUCAGUUUUACCUGAAGAGCCUGCUGAAGCAUCUGAUGACCCCGAGGCUCAAAGCUCCUCAGACCAGCUGCUGCUGUCUGCAGACAAUGACACUCAGAGAACCGAGACACUCACAGCCAACGAUACACCAUGACUGAAGAAUGACAUCUUUUUUUUCCCUACUGUAGGUCAGUGGAUAAAGGCCAGUUUUACUCUUUUUACUUCAAUAUUGUUACAGAAGUUGAGCUUUUAUGCACUAAGCCAGAGACUACCUGUGUGUGCUCAGUUCAAAAUAGAUGAAGAGAGAUUGAGAGGUCAAAACACCGUGUGGCUCCACUCUCUUCUUGCCAAACUUCCUGUCUGCACCAGACUAUCAGAAUAAAAGUAUACAUUUUAAGCACAAGAAAUCAGACUGCAUCUAGGGUCCUACAGUUGUAUUGCCAUAUUUUCAUUAAUGCUGUAGCAUUUUUAUAGAAUAUUGCCUGUUGCUUCCCUUGAAGUUGUCAGAGUUUUACAAAAAGGACCUAUUGUGUCUAUUUUCAGUUCCAUAUUUUUAUUCUUUAGCUUGGUGUGAUCCACAGUUCAGAAUCAUCCUUUUUUAAAAUCUUAUUGUGGGCGUUAGCACAAUGCUGUAUAAAUGAAAUUGGAUUGAACUGAAUAGCACAGCCCUUCACUUCAUCCACUGUCUAAAACGAAGUGUUUAGGCUCCUCCCCAUUUAAGCCAAUUUUCUUCUGAUUGGCUGCCCCUCAGAAACAAAGUUCUAACAACUGGUAGGCGGAGCUUCUGUAUUCAGAGUCUUUGUAGUGUACCUGGGAUGACCAUGUUAGGAGUACCUCCUCUGAUAAACAGAGCCUUAAUUUAGACUUUAGUUAUUUUUAAUUUGAGCAUAUUAACAGAAUAUCAUCACAGACAAAAGGAAAGCAUAAUAAGUCCCCUGUAAGAUUUAUUUUUGCGGUUUUCUCCUUUAUUUAAUAAACAGAGAAAAGGGGUUAAAGAGGGUGGGUCAGUUGACGUCAACUUUCACUCCCGCUGCUGUUUAUUGUUUGAUUAUUGAUUUUUGUUUGUUUUCUUUUUUGUUUUAUAAAA